UAUGAUAUCUACAGAAAGCCUACUCACACCAACAAUUACAUUCCUGCUGACUCUUACCGGCACUGGAGCCAAAAACUGGCUGCUUUUAACAGCAUGGUCCAUAGAUGUGCAUUACCCUUGAGCCCAAGAAUUAUGAAGAGAGAAUUUGACCACAUUAAAAAAGAGUAGCCAAUAAUCUGGGUUAGAACAUUAGAAUCUCAUCAAAAACCAUAUUAGCAAACAAAGAUUGAAAGAGAUCAUCACAUUCCAAAGAGAUAACCCAGACAAUAGAAGAAUCAAGUUGACCCACUACCCAGUCAUAACCAACAAACUUUGCCAGAUGUUCAGGAAAAAUGAUUUAGAACCAGUCACAACUAAUCAACAUAAACUGAAAACCCUACUAGGAAGCCUCAAGGACAAGGACCCAAAAACUGACCAAUCAGGAAUUUAUAAUCACAUGAUCUGACAAACUAAGAGAAACAUCAUAACUAGAUUUAAGGAACACAUGCACAAAGCUAGAUACAAUAUUGAAGGAAAAUCAGCUAUUGGAGACCACAUUAUUAGCAACUGGACACACAAUAACUGAACUCAACUUGACCCUAAAAAAAAAACAGUUACUAGAAUAUCAGAACUACCAAUUAGGGAAGCAAUAGCCAUGCAUAAAAACAAUGGAGAAAAACUCCUCAAUGAUGACUUGGGACCUUUGGACAUUGACCUGCUCAAAUGCCUACAUGGAACCAGUCACAUAGUUUUUUUUUCCAAUAUAGGCUACUCUCAUUCAUCAGACAAGACCAAUUUUCUGUAUCAAUUGUUCCAAAAACUUCUUCCCAGACUCUUUCUAUUAAAAUUUUUAGACCAGAUUCCAAAUUUUCAAAAUCCCCAGAAAAAAAUCUGUGUUUGAUGAAUCAAUUCUUAUUAGAUACCUACCCUAACAUUGGGUAAUUUUUUUCAUCUGCUACAAUUAUUCGACUUGGCUUUGGCUUUAAGUACAUACCUACAUAUUUCUCAAUGAAAUUAGGAGCCAGACACCCCAACUGGUCUCCUCAGUAGGUCAAUGUAGAAAGGUUGAAAUAUUUAUGUUAAGAACAAAGAGCCUUAAAAAUAAUUGAUGUAACUUUUGUAACAUCAAAUUUCCAGCUCACCAUCUUUCUCAUUGAGGGAGCUGAGGGAUGAGGAGAAUGAUAUCAGAAAGAUUAUUUCAAAUUCAAAAUUUACCAAAUAAACACCUAAUUCUCAAUACAUUCCUACUUAACGUUAAAAAACUUGGAAAAAAUUGUGAAAAACUCAAACGAUAAAGAACUGCGAAGUGUUUGACGCACUAUUUUUCGUAUGGACAAACAUAAUAUCAUGCAAAUGUACUAUACCUUUACCUAGUCAUACUACAUGCACGUGCAAUGCAAGGUUGCCUAUUGCCUAAGCAUCUACGCAAACAUCAAAAACUUUAAAAACAAGUCGUUGAAUGAUUUACAAAAUCUUGAAACAAAAUGUGUUUACUUUUAAACGUUUUACGUAAAGAAGACCCCUCAUAACUCAAAGUCUAUUACAAACAGUUCUUCUUUGCGUACGGUAGGUAUGUACAUAUUUUGCAUGAUUUUCAAAGUAUUAAAAUGAUUUUUUUUUGCUAAACGAACACUUUUAAUCAAUACUUACGUUUAGUUAUAAUCCCUGCGGUAUUUCCACUCGACAAUGAAGUUUUUACGAAGUUUAUUCACCACCUUAUCGAUUUUAGUUCUGAUUGAGGGAACCACCUCGAAAGAAGUUUUUGUAUCAAGAAACACGGACGAAGAUCAGUUACCUUUGUUUAAAAAAGCAAACUCAGAUCAAUGGGAACUUGCAAUUCCCCAUGCAUCCUCAGAAAGUGUUGGUGAAGCAGGCUAUUAUUAUGAUGAAUCAGAAGACGAAUUCAAAGUAGCUUGUCCUGCAUACUCUGAGUGGGCAUCAAACAAAGCAGAAAAGUGGAGAAAAACUGACAAAUCCUUUGAAGAUAGUCAGCUGUUUAUAUUGAUGGAUUACGUGAGUGCGGAAAAAGUAUGCGCCCUUACUGCCAGACCGUCGAUUAAAAAAUUUAAAAAGACGGAUGAAAACAAUCCUCCUGUUUACUGUGGGAAAUCAGAAGCUGAACUUUAUGAAGUCGGAUAUCCGGUUUUGACGAACACAGAAACUCUGGAAAGUCAAUUCAUUCCUUUUUAUAAAAUAUGCCACUCUCCGGAUAAAAAAGUAGGAACACUAUACACCAUCAACCAAAUCGUAUCGCCAGAUUUGCUGCUGUUAACAAAGAAAAAAUGGUACCAACCUAACAUUUUGCAGGCUUUCAAGUCGUAUUUAGACGACGAUCUCAAUCGCAUUAAUACAUUUUAUAAGGAAAAUGAAAACUUCAUCUAUCGAUUUGUUGGGCCCUACUUCAUGCCAACAAGAAUUUGGGAACAGACAACCAACUUUCCUUUUAAUUUCACGCCAAUUGAAUACCGAAGUUAUUACAACGGAUUGAUCAGAGCUGACCUAUUUAUUCAAGUGUUCAGUAAAACAACAAACACUCCGUUGACAUUAUAUUCGGGUACAUAUGAAACAGAAGAAAUGAUCACUAAAAGCAAAUUUUGUGGUCUAAGGAAAUGUACCGAAAACGAAUUAAUCAAAUUCUUCUGGAGGAUACUCAUCGACUCUAAAAAUCACGCUAUCAUUCUAGUAACCCAACUUACGAAGCUCGACUGCGAUUUAACUGAAAACAUAUUAUGUCAAGAUGACGACACACGCGCCAUGUUGGAGACUUAUACAAUAGGUGGUUGUAUGUAUAAAUGCCCAGUGACUGAAACGAUAAUUAAAGAAUUAGGCCUGCCAGCGACCGAAUUGGGAUUGAAUAUCGAAGGUAUUUUAUCUUUACGUCUUCCUAUGCCAGCAAAAAACCAAGGAGUAGGAGGGUCAUCUGAUACAGACGCAGGAUCUGCGACUAAAUACAUUGGUAUAGGUGAUUUCAUGGGAAGCUCUAGUUCUUUUGCAGCGACUUUGAUGGGUUUCGAUUCUGAACUUGCGCAAGUUGUAGAUGCUCAAGGGGCCGUAGGUGGAAAUAGUUAUAGCGAUGGGUAUGGUCACAGCGAUGGUUUUGUGGUGAGUGGAGAUACUGGUGGCAGUGGAUUUGUAGCUAGUGAAUGAAGAAUGGAAGAGUUGUUUUUACUUUGUUAUAAUUUAAGUAGCAGGGAGUGAAAAUAAAUGCAUUUUACUACAUAUAACGUUCUUAGAUUUUAAUAAUUAAUUAUGAACCUAUUUCUGUAGGAUAUUCUGUAAUAAACUUAUCCGAAGUA